AUGCAGCGUGUCUACGCUGCUGAGCUCGGACUCGAUCGACUGCUAGAACUGAGUACAGGAGCAGAUCUUCUUCCUAGCAAAGAAGUCCUGCAGCACGCAAGAAGUAGCCUGAUACCCGCGAUAUCUAAAGAGGGCCUGGGCUUGUCAAACACCGUCAAGCACCUCAAAGAGGAUGUUGUACCCGCACUGAACUUAGCAAGCCAGUUACCGAACUACUAUGGAUUUAUUACUGGAGGCGUCACUCCAGUUGCUGCGUUGGCCGACAACAUUGUCACUGCAUAUGACCAGAAUGUCCAAGUGCAUUUACCGGAAGAGACUAUUGCUACCGAGGUUGAAGACAGAGCACUGAGGAUGCUGUGCGAACUCCUGGAUUUCGGACCCACGGAGUGGCCGCACAAAACGUUCACGACGGGAGCCACCGCCUCGAAUGUUCUGGGUUUAGCCUGUGGGAGAGAGUUUGUUAUCGCGGAGGCUGCUCGAAGAACGAAGAAGGGCCCAGUCAAUGUGGGCGACCUCGGACUUGCCAAAGCUCUGCGCCUUUGUGGACUGGACGAUAUUCGGAUUCUCACCACCGUACCACACUCGUCUCUUGGUAAAGCAGCCAGCAUAACAGGGAUAGGUCGUGACUCCAUAACACUCGUCGGCCUACCUAAUGCUCCUCAUAAGUUCGACAUGACGAAGCUUCAGCGAAUACUUCAAGAGAGAACGUCCGGUUACAUCGUUGCCAUCUCUUGCGCUGAAGUAAAUACAGGGCUCUUCGCUACUUCGAGCGCUGCAGAAAUGCUCGAGCUGCGUGAGCUCUGCGACAAAUACGGCGCAUGGAUCCAUGUAGACGGAGCAUUUGGUCUUCUCGUCCGCGUGCUGGAAGAUCACCAAUACUUGAACAUUCGUGCGGGAUGCGAUGGCAUUCAGUUCGCUGAUUCUAUUACCGGGGAUGCUCACAAGCUACUGAAUGUUCCGUACGACUGCGGAUUCUUCCUGGGUAAACAUCGAGCGCUCGCGGAAAACGUGUUUCGCAAUUCCAACGCCGCGUAUUUGAAUGUUGGCGCUACAGACACUUCCUUCAUUGCCUCCCCUCUGAAUAUUGGUAUUGAGAAUUCCCGCAGGUUCCGUGCUCUGCCAGUGUACGCUUCGUUGACAGCGUAUGGACGAAGAGGGUACCGCGACAUGUUGGAGCGUCAAGUAAAACUCGCUCGCGGCAUUGCACGAUUCAUUCUGAGACAUUCUGAAUACGAUCUCCUCCCUAACCUCGAGGUUGACGACGAGAGGAGACUGGACUCCAUCUACAUCAUUGUGCUUUUCAGAGCCAAGGAUGACAGCCUGAACAAGGACUUAGUCAAGCAUGUAAAUGCAACAAAGAAAAUCUACGUUUCGGGAACUGCGUGGACUGGAGCACCUGCAUGCCGCUUUGCUGUAUCCAAUUGGCAGGUCGAUGUUGAUAGAGACUUACAGCUGGUAACGGACGUGCUCGAUAGAGUAGCGUUGGCAGCGUCACAUGCAUGA